AUGACACUGCAAGUACCUACUAUCACUGUCGACGACCUUCACGCGUUCCAUGCGAAACAUUUUCCUAACGCGUCAACGCCGGAGCAACUCCUCCAUGGCGUCGAGGCUGAAGCGUUUGAAGAGCUUUACGAUGAGGAAGAUGCGUUAGGCUACUACCCAGACGGGACGAAGCGCACCCUCACCGACGAACAAAUUGCCAUGUUUCGACACUCGGAGAUACAGGCCAUUAUUCGCGAACGCAGACGGCGACGAGAUAACGGUGACGCAUCUGAAGAGGGGGAAGCUGCAUCUAGCCCACCUGCCAUGGAUUCAGGCUCGUCUUGCAUCGACCCAGUUGCGUCUGGAACUACUGCUUCAGCGCAAUCUGUCGCUCUCGAGAAAACAGACAGAGUCCGGUCAGGCCGCGUAGAGAAGCCCAAGGGCCAGCAAUGGGCGACGAGCAGUACAAGAACGAAGACCAGGAACAAGAAGCACAGAAACAAGUACAAGCUCAAGAAGAAAGCAGAGAGGGACGAGAGAGAGCAGAAAAGGAACAAUCGCGAGCACGGAGACGGUGGCGAUGAGAGCGACGAGUGGGAUCCUUGGCAUCAGGCGAAUGGGCCAGACGUGCAGAAAGAUGACACGGUCGCCCUCGACUAUUGA